UUUGUUGGAACAAUCAUGUAUGUUUUUGUUCCAGAAAUUCAUUUGUUUUCUACAAACAUUGCAAUUGCAAAUCCAAAAACACAAUCUUUGCUCCAAACAUAAAAAACAAAAACAACUUUCCUAAUUCCGAAGUAUUGUAAAAAUCGUUAACAAUACCGAUAGUUAGACUCGUCAUAAUUUAGAAUGUUUACAAAAAAUAUUGUCAUUAAUAACAGGUUUUUUGGUGUUUGAAAUUGCUUUUUUUCAGGAGAUACACAUUUUUUAUUUUCUUAUCUCCCUCCCGUUAACUCGCUCAGUAUUUACUCUAUUUGAAGUUGCAUUCUUUGUCGUGCUCUCUUUUUUUGUGUUCAACAGCCGGUGAAGUUUUUUGUGUCUUCUCCGAAAUCAGUUUUUGUUCGGGAUUUGAAGAAGGUGGUUCAAAACAAAAAUAGACAUGAGUGACUUCAAGCUUUUAAAAACAACAUUCCAAAACAAAAAUGAAUUUGUUGCAGUGUUAUUUGAUGGAAUUAAUGAUUAUAAAUUGUUUGCAAAUGAAGUUAAGAAAACUUAUAAUAUACCACCGGCAGCUGAAGUGGAAAUUUAUAAUAAGAAUUUUCUAAUAAUUCCAAGAAUAUUCACCGCUUUGGUUCAACAAUACAUAUCUUCAACCGAUUUUGUUUUGGACAUAAAAUUAAGUGAUGAUAAUUCAGCAUCAAAUUCGACCGCAGACAUCGAAUCGCAAUUAUCCGGGUCAAAUAGGUCACAAAAACCCGUUUUUUCAAAAUACAUCGUCCGAAAUUUACCAAACGCUUAAUGAUGACGAUUUAUGCUUAAGUCAUAAUAGUUCAGUUGACAGACAUGUUUAUUCUAGUAUUCCUACAACAGAGGUAUAUUGAAAAACUUAGGAAUCUUGAA